AUGGCGACACUAUCGCAGGCUCGCGUUGCCGGGUGGGCGUCGCGUUGGCUGACGGAUGAGCUCGUAGCACUUUCCAAGGCGGGUAACUGGGAGGGCGCUAUGGCCACAUUAACGCAGCUUCAGCAAGCGAACAUAGUGCAAAGCAACGUCUUUCAUUACACUACGGUGAUUGGUGCGUGUGGUCGUGCCGGUAAGUGGGAAGCGGCGAUGUCCGUCUUUACACACAUGACGAAGAAUGACGUGAAACCAAACGUCUACACAUACACUGCACUCAUAAACGCAUGUGCCACAGCACAGAAGCCGGAUGUGGCGCUCCGCAUGUACGCCCACAUGAGAAUCGCCGAGGUCCCACCGAACGUGCGGACAAUGACGGCCUUGGUGACAGCGUGCGCGCGUGUUGGGCAAUGGGAACGUGCUGUAAAAAUUCUUCGGGAGUGCGAGGAGCUUUGUAUUGCACCAAACGUAUUCACAUACACCGCUGCCAUGGACGGAUGCCGCCGCGCAGGAGCAUGGCAGCCUGCAGUUGAGUUGCUCAAGGAGAUGCGGAACCCCGCUAAUGUCCGCCCCAAUGAGAUCACGUAUAACACAGUCCUUGGCGCCUGCGUGGAGGCCGCAGCGUGUGAAGCAGCACAGAAGGUGUACGCGGCAAUGGUGAGCGAUGGGUACGUGCCGGUCACGUACACCAAAACGCUCCUGACAGAGCUCUUUAAGGGCACUGCAUAUGACGGACUGGCAGAUGACUUGCAGGUGCGCAAGAACACGUGGCGCGAGGCCAACGCCCCAGACUCCGACCCCGUCACAGCUUUGGAGGCGACCCGCGAGGCGAGUUUGGCAGAGGAGGAGACGGAGCAGCACCAACAGCUGGAGAAGCAGGUGGAAGUCACUGAGGUGGGGAUAGGAGGUGACACACAAAAAGACACCUUUGAUGCAAAAGAGAAGUAG